AUGGGCUCAAUCGCUGAGAAUAGUGACGGCAACGUCCAGCCAAAGAAGCAAAUCUUGCUCAAUGCAUUUGACAUGUCUACAAUCGGGCAUUUGUCUCCUGGGCAAUGGAAGAACCCGUCUGAUCAAAGUACCAAGAAGAGGAAGCUUGGGUACUGGAUCGAGCUGGCUAAGUUGCUAGAGCGAGGGAACAUCAAUGCUCUAUUCCUCGCAGAUACUUAUGGUGGCUACGAUACCUGUGAGUACAACGAAGACUCCCUCGACAAUUGCAUUCGCCGAGCAGCUCAAUGGCCUAUGACGGAUCCGUCAAUUCCUAUCUCUGCGAUGGCAGCUGUCACGAAGAAUCUCACUUUCGGCAUUACCGCAUCUACAAGUUUCGAGCCUCCAUUUCUCCUCGCCAAACGGUUCUCUACAUUGGACCAUCUGACUGAUGGGAGAAUUGCCUGGAACAUCGUGACCUCGUGGAAGAAAGCUGCUUUCAAGGCGAUUGGCGUGGACAACCCCAUCGAGCAUGACACCCGUUACUAUGCUGCAGACGAGUAUUUGCGUCUGCUGUACAAGCUGUGGGAAAGUUCCUGGUCGGAUGAUGCCAUCGUUGCAGACGCAGAGAAUGAUGUCUAUUUCGAUCCAGACAAGAUACGCACGAUUCGACACCACGGCAAGUACUACAAUCUUGACUCUCGGCAUAUAACAGACCCUUCACCCCAGCGCAUACCUUUUCUGUUCCAAGCUGGUACUUCACCAGCUGGAUCGGCAUUCGCAGCAACUCACGCUGAGGCGAUCUUUGUUUCUUCCCACAGUCCCAAGGUACUCAGACCAAAGAUCGAGAAUAUUCGCAAGCUCGCAAAAGAGCAGGGACGUGAUCCACAGUCGAUCAAAUUCUUCGGCACAUUCACCCCCAUCCUUGGCCGCACCGAGGAGGAGGCCAGAGCGAAGUACGAGGAAGCUCAGAAGUAUGCUUCCACCGUUGGUGGUCUUGUUCUGUUCUCGGGGUGGACAGGCAUUGAUGCAUCAAAGAUCCCAUUGGAUCAAGACAUUACGGCUGCAGACUCGACGGAGGCUCACAAAGUCCGAAGCAUGCUCGAUGCCUUCACGACCACCAGCCCCGAUGUUCCUCGUUGGACGCCACGUGUAGUUGCCGAAAAGGCAGCCAUCGGCGGCUUAGGUCCCGUCGGUAUUGGCACGCCAGCUCAGGUAGCCGAUGAAAUGCAACGUUGGAUUGACGAGGCCGACUUGGAUGGCUUCAACCUGGCAUAUGUUACCACGCCAGGUACUUUCGAGGAUGUGGUUGACUUACUGAUUCCCGAGUUGCGCCGACGUGGCUUGUACGCUCCUGCUAGAAAGGAGGAUGACGAGCCGCUCACGGCUAGAGAAAAGGUUUAUGGUAAAGGACAAAGCAAAGUUCGAGAUGACCAUGCUGCGGCAAAGUAUCGGUAUGACGUGUACACUGAAGAGGAGCCGUAUGGGUCUUCGACGGAUCCCAAACCCGCGGACGAAGCAGCAAGUAAGGAAGCUUCCUCCGCUUGA